UCGGUAUUCCGCAAAUAAAAUGGUGUGGCUCGGAGGGAGACUACAACGUUAUGGUGAUGGAGUUACUGGGUCCAUCUCUGGAGGACCUCUUCAACUUUUGUUCAAGGAGGUUCUCGCUGAAGACGGUCCUGCUGCUGGCCGACCAACUAAUUUCCCGCACCGACUUCAUUCAUUCGAGGAAUUUCAUCCACCGCGACAUAAAACCGGACAAUUUUCUUAUGGGUUUGGGCAAGAAAGGCAACCUAGUGUACAUAAUCGACUUUGGUCUGGCGAAAAAGUACAGGGACGGCAGGACGCAUCAGCACAUACCGUAUAAGGAAAACAAAAAUUUGACAG